AUGGUCUCCGCCAGCGCGCCGCCGCCACCGCAGUCCGAUGCGGCCGGGUCUGGGGAGGACGCGAGCAAGAAGGUGCGGAAGCCGUACACCAUCACUAAGUCGCGCGAGAGCUGGACGGAGCAGGAGCACGACAAGUUCCUCGAGGCCCUGCAGCUCUUUGACCGUGACUGGAAGAAGAUAGAGGCUUUUGUUGGCUCCAAGACCGUCAUCCAGAUUAGGAGCCAUGCACAGAAGUACUUUUUGAAGGUUCAGAAAAAUGGAACCAGCGAACAUGUCCCGCCUCCACGACCAAAGCGAAAAGCUGCCCAUCCAUAUCCUCAGAAGGCUUCCAAGAAUGAACCAAACUAUGGGCUCAAGACAGUUUCAUCUUCCAUCCAUAGGAACUCUGGCAUGAACAUGUCUGUUUCGUCAUGGGCUCAUAGUUCCAUCCCACAAGCUGUUGCUUCAUCGAUGGUGAAAGAUUUAGGUGCUGGAACACCAGGUCCAAACAAUUUUUGCUCAAGCAGUACUGAAGGCCCUCCAAGAACAUGGCAACCUGGUGAAACAAAUGAUCAAAUAAAUCAAGUUCCGUCACUCCGCCCUAUGCCGGAUUUUGCGGAAGUGUACAGUUUCUUAGGUAGUGUUUUCGAUCCAAGCACAAGUGGUCAUCUGCAGAAACUUAAGGAGAUGAAUCCAAUUGAUGUUGAGACGGCACUGUUUCUGAUGAGGAAUCUCUCCAUCAAUUUGACCAGUCCUGAUUUUGAAGAUCAAGGCUUGACAAUUGGUGAUGCCAGUACUCAGUAG